AUGUCGCGAGGAGGUUCAACCACUCUCUACGUGACUGGAUUCGGUCAAGGGACCCGGGCGCGCGACCUAGCGUACGAGUUCGAGAGAUAUGGCCGUCUCGUACGCUGCGAUAUUCCAGCUCCACGCACUGCGAGCAGCAGACUCUUUGCCUUUGUCGAAUAUGAAAAUCGUCGUGACUCCGAUGACGCCUACUACGAGAUGCACAACAAGCGCAUUGGGCGUGAUGACGUCUUGAAGAUUGAGUGGGCGAGAACACCUCCCUCAGCCAGCUGGCGAUUCGACACAGGGCGCAACGGCGGCCGUCGCGGUGGCGAACGCUCACCCCGAGGAGGUGGUCGCUCGCGCAGCCCCGCACGUCGAAGCCGGUAUGAUGACGAGCGGGAACGCGACCGAUACGAUGAUCGCGACCGUGGUGGCCGUGAUCGCCGCGAUCGCGAUCGUUCUCGCAGUCCCGAUGAUCGUGAGCGCGAUACAAAGGACCGUGAACGUGAAGACGAGCGUCCCCGCCGUGACGCCUCACCUCGCGAUGCCGACCGAGAGCGCGAAAACGAUGCUGACGCUGAACGCACUAACGGCGAGCCUCGCAAGGGCAACGAUGAAGCUCCUCCAACACAUGACGACCUUGAUACGGCGGAGUAA